AUGCCUGGACUCCCAGCCUACCGUCAAAGUCAAUUCCCUGACGAUAAACCACCAACCCUCUUGUCUCCCGCCUCACCUAAAAACAAGUCCAGCAAGUCCGACAAAGUCAUGGACGACGGCGCCUCAACCAUGACCACAUCAAGUUUCUCUUCAACCAUCGGAUUGAUCAAGAGCAAGCUGCCGUCCUAUAAAGAUCACAAGGAUCGCAAGUCAUCCGAGUCCGAGAAGAAAGUACUGAAGGAUUCUAAAUCACCGAAGGCAAGAACUGCGGAAGCUUACAUGUAUAUAUCGAUGAACAAGUAG